UGGCGAGCGAGCUAACGCUAACGCUAAUGCUAGCUGGACUACAAGUUGAGAGCGACCAAAACAAACCGAUGACGGCCGAGAAAAUGAGGCGGAAAAAGCCUGGAUUAACCGCGGGAACUCGUCUGUUUUGAUGGUGGAGGUAGCGUUUUUAAACGCGGCAUUAGAAACAAGAGUGUUUCCACUUGAUAAACCCGCAGACAUUUAUAUAUAUUCUGAGUGGUCUUCUGCCGAGCUGCUUUGCUAACUAGCUAGGCAGUAGCUUUCCUGUCAAAACAGCUUUCCUGGAUUAAAAAAUUUGAAAUAGUUAAAUAUAGAAACCGCACCAGGUUUAGUGUUACCAGUGAAACGUGCAGGGGACAAACACAGUGACAGUGUUGUGUGUGUGUGGUGACGCCACAUCUCGCUGCAGUGUCCGUGUCAUAGUUCCUGGUGUGUCUCGGUGGCUGUGAGCUGGCUUUACAGGUGAAAAUGAGCUGGUUUAACGCCUCUCACCUGUCCAGCUUCGCCAAACAAGCUUUAACCUCAGCACAGAAGUCAAUCGACCGUGUUCUGGACAUCAAGGAAGAGGACCAGUGGGGUAAUACCACUGUGAUGCCCUACGACGAUGUGACUUUGCCUGGAAAGCUGUCAUUAAGUGGAGGAUGGGGAAUGACGCAGUGGGAAGCUCCCCCUGAAGAAAGGACCCCCACUCCCCCGCUGUCCUCUGAGGCCAUCACUACUCCCGUCACCCGCAUGGUUGUGGAUGAAUCAGAAAACUUUUUCAGUGCCUUCCUGCCACCUGUAGAUAUACAAGGUGUGACCCAACCCCAGGUAGUGUCUGUCCCCCCCACUAAGUCCCAAAGGCGGCUUCAGGAGGAGGACAGCGAAAAUGAAGAUGCUGUGAUCCAGGAAGACGUGGACACUCAAAUGUCGACACCUGCUAAUCUGAGUCAGGAGAGUCAGACGGUGGCCGAAAUCCCACCGGCGGAGUCUGAGUCCUCACCAGCAGCACCUUAUACAGGCACUAUUCUCCUACAGCCAGUUUCUCCGGUUGCUCCUGCCGGUGAUCUUCCAUGCGAACCUGGCAGCAAACCCAGUAGUGCAAAAACAGUUUCAGAGCUAAAAACAGAACAGUCACUGACUCCAUCAGAACACCAGGUCGAGCAGGACACCACUGACUCCUCAGAUCCUUCACCUGUCACCCCUGAGCUGAAGAGCUCCUCACCCUCUGAUUCUCCGCCCUCCACAUCUCCAUCUCCGAAGGACAUGCUCCCUGAGCAGAAAGACUCAAAGGUGGAGGAUCGGCAGAAUGAUACCCCCUCUCCUCCAGUGAGCGCCUUCUCCUCAGGAACCUCUACCACCAGUGACAUUGAAGUGCUCGACCACGAGAGUGUGUUGAGCGAGAGCUCAGCCAGCUCCAGACAAGAAACGAGUGAAGUUAAGGCCGGCCUUCACUUAAUGCAGGGCUCGUUCCAGCUUCUCACUGCCUCAACCUGUGGAGAUUUCCCCCGCAUGGAGGACUACCCCAAACUCACGGAGAGCUGCGGCUCCUCCUCAGACGCAUUCGAACGCAUCGAUUCAUUCAGCGUGCAGUCGCUGGACAGUCGCAGCGUCAGUGAGGUGAACUCGGACGACGAGAACCCCGGUAGUCGGACGCUGGCGUCCGUCACUGCAGGUUCUACUCCUCCUACAGAGUCAUCAGCUGUGCAGGAAGAUGGAGUGGUGGAGGCGGAAGGAGAGGAGGAAGAGGAGGAAGGAGAGGAGGAGGAGGAGGAGGAAUUGGCUGGAGCGCUGAGGCAGCAGUCGCUGGAUGAGAUGGAGGAGAGUGGCCGGAGUGCAACGCCCGUGAAUACAGAGGAGCCUGAAGAGUUGAUGGCUGAGGCUAGUGUCACACUUUCUGACCCUUUCUUCAGUGCUGAAAAACAGAUCACUCCACCAAUCACAGAAGAGAUGAAGAGUGUCUCAACAGUUCAGAUACUGGAGCUUCAAAAGGUCAUUGAUGAGCUGUCGGGUCGCCUGGAGAAGAGAGAGUGUCAGCUGCUGGCAGUCAGCAAAGACAAGGCCAGGCUGGAGGAGGAUUGUGACAAUCUCAGAGAUGAAGUGGUGAGCCUCAAGGAGGAAACGUCCACUGUGCAGUCGCUGAAGGACGAGUUCACCCAGCGCAUCGCAGACACUGAGAGAAAAGCUCAACUGGCCUGCAAAGAGAGGGACAUCGCCAAGAAGGAGAUAAAGGGCUUGCGGGAAGACCUCUCGACAAGGCUGAACUCCAGUGACACGCUGGAGCUCAUCAGAGAGAAGGAGGAGCAGAUCAGAGGUCUGCUGGAAGAAGGCGAGAAGUUGUCGAAGCAGCAGCUGCAGCACAGCAACAUCAUCAAGAAGCUGCGCGUGAAGGAGAAGGAGAGCGACACAAGGAUCGCCAAGCAGCAGAGGAAAAUCAAGGACCAGGAGGAAGAACUUGGGCACCUCCAGCAGAUCCUAGAUGGGAAGGAGGAGGUGGAGAAGCAGCACAGGGAAAACAUCAAGAAGCUGAACGCCGUGGUGGAGCGUCAGGAGAAGGAGCUGAGCAGGCUGCAGUCCGACUCUGAGGAGCUGCAGGAGAAGAAUAGAAGUGUGCAGGCUGCCCUGGACAGCUCUUACAAGGAGCUCGCAGAACUCCACAAGGCAAAUGUCAGCCGAGCCAGCGAAGCCGAGGAGGCGGCUCACAGCAGGGAAACGCAAGCCAAGGAGCAGCUGAGCCUGGCUCUGGAGAAAGCUCAGGAGGAGGCCAGGAUUCAGCAGGAGGCCCUGGGCAACCAGGUGGCCGACCUGAGACUGGCUCUGCAGCGAGCGGAGCAGCAGCAGGCGAGGAAAGAAGACUAUCUGAGGGAGGAGAUCAGUGAGCUUCAGCAGAGACUUCAGGAGGCAGAGGCGAGGAACCAGGAGCUCAGCCACAGCGUGACCUCGGCCACGCGGCCACUUCUGCGGCAGAUUGAGAACUUACAGGCGUCGCUGGGCGGACAAACGGCAUCCUGGGAAAAACUGGAGAAGAACAUUUCUGACCGGCUUGCCGAUGCUCAGGCACAGCUGGCUGUUGCCGUGGAGAAGGAGCGCUCGGCAGCGGACGAACUGCUGUCCUUCAAGUCCCAGCACACUUCUCUGGAGUCCCAGAAUUCCCUGCUCCGCCAGGAGAAAGCCCGGGUCCUGGCACAGCUGGACGUCGAGAGGAACAAGAGGGAGAAACUGGAGGAUGAAAGCAGCAGGGAACACGUUGAAUUGGAAAACCUACGAGGAGAAUACGGCCGAAUGAUGGAAGAGGCCAAGAAAGAAAAGCUGCUGUUGGCUAAUCAACUAGAAAUGGAGAAGAUGAAGGUGGAGCAGGAGAAGAAGAAAUGCUACUUGGCACAAGAGGCACUCAAAGAUAAGGAGCGGAGGGUUCUUAUGACUUACUCCACAGGAGAACCCCCAGCCACCUCCACUCCCUCACUGUCCCGCUCCAGCUCCAUAAGUGGGACCGAUAAUGGCGGCCUCCACACCUCGUUUCUAUUCCAGGACGACUCCUCGGAGCACUCGCUCGGCACCAUGACCAUGAGCGGAAGCAACCUGUACGAGGCUGCCCGGCUGUCGGGAGGAUCCAACAUCAUGGAAAACCUCCAGUCACAGCUCAAACUCCGAGAAGGAGAAAUCACUCAGCUGCAGCUGGAAAUCUCUAAUCUGGAGAGGAGUCGCUCCGUGAUGGCGGAGGAGCUGGUUCGACUCACCAGUCAAAACGACGAGAUGGAGGAGCAGGUCAUGGAGAUCCCCAAGCUGAAAGUUCAGCUCAAGGAGCUGGAGCAGAGGCACAACACCAUCCUGCAGAUGUAUGGGGAGAAGGCCGAGGAGGCCGAGGAACUCCGGCUGGACCUGGAAGAUGUGAAGAACAUGUACAAGACCCAGAUCGACGAGCUGCUGAAGAACCAGAAAUAAACAGCACGAAUGAGCGAGAGUCGUCGUUCACGGGGAAACGUCAGGACGGAGAACAUGGGGUUUCAUUUUCCUUCAUCGUUGUGUAAUUAUUUUAUUUUAUUUUAAUUCUUUAACAUAUUUAUGUGAGGGUGCUGGGAUUCUUACAGAAUCUGGUUUGAAGGAAAGUUCCAGUUUGUGAUUGUGAAAUGUUACUGCAGGUUUUCUCAUGACUGGCCCUUUGACCCAUAGUGUCGUUUAUAGACAGUUUAUAACUGUAGGAGAUGGUAAAGUUCUAUUUGCACUACACAGAAAAUCAGUCUCGUUUAUUUCCUGACUCAUAAUCACAGUGGGUUUAAGAAAAAGGUGUGGAAAUGUGUACAAAGAAAGAAAUUGUAUGUAUUCUUAAAUCCUAUUAAAAAACAACAAAUCACAAAACGUGGUUUAGACCCGAGAGUAGUGUGAUUUAAAAUCUUCAAAACUGUAUUUUAAAUUAUCUAUAAAUAUGUAAAUGAAUAAACAUUUAUUUGGGUGGUGAAAAUGUCUGACGGUCUUGAUUUAGAACGUGUGAAAUCAUUUAAAACAUUUAUUUACAAGGUUCUGUAGAAUAUGGUGUGUUUUAUUUUUAUUUAUCCAUAUAAAUAUGUUUUAAACACAAACUACAUAUUAAGCUAUCGCCCUCAGUUGUGUGGAAAG